CACAAAAUAAUAAUUCUAAUCACGAAGUAGCUGUCUCCGGCAAUAUGUCCUCAUCACAAAACGAAAGUGAUGUUAGUAUGCAUGAUGUAGUAGGUAAUCAAUCACUCUCUCAUAUGGAAUUAAUUAACGAAGAAUAUAGAUAG